AUCUCGCCAGAACUCGUACCCCAACCGUAAAUCUCGCGAUAAACAGGAAGCUCCACGUCUACCGUAGCGACGCAGGCUUACCAGCGGACUGAGAGACUGAGGGACCCGGAUACAGUGAAGUCGACGGCCGGUGCCUGAAACCAUGCCUCUCAGACUAGACAUCAAGCGGAAGCUGACCGCCCGCUCGGACCGCGUGAAGAGCGUGGACCUCCACCCCACGGAGCCAUGGAUGCUGGCCAGCCUGUACAACGGCAGCGUCUGCGUCUGGAACCAUGAGACGCAGACCCUUGUGAAGACCUUCGAGGUGUGCGACUUGCCGGUCAGGGCCGCCAAGUUCGUCGCGAGGAAGAACUGGGUCAUCACGGGGGCGGACGACAUGCAGAUCCGUGUGUUCAACUACAACACCCUGGAGCGCGUGCACAUGUUCGAGGCACACUCGGACUACAUCCGCUGCAUCGCUGUGCAUCCCACGCAGCCCUUCAUCCUGACCAGCAGCGACGACAUGCUCAUCAAGCUGUGGGACUGGGAUAAGAAGUGGUGCUGCAGUCAGGUGUUCGAGGGCCACACCCACUACGUGAUGCAGAUCGUCAUCAACCCCAAGGACAACAACCAGUUUGCCAGCGCCUCUCUCGACAGGACCAUCAAGGUCUGGCAGCUUGGCUCCUCCUCCCCCAACUUCACCCUGGAGGGGCAUGAGAAGGGGGUGAACUGCAUCGACUACUACAGCGGGGGAGACAAGCCUUACCUCAUCUCCGGGGCCGACGAUCGGCUCGUCAAGAUCUGGGACUACCAGAAUAAGACGUGUGUCCAGACUCUGGAGGGACACGCCCAGAACGUGUCCUGCGUGAGCUUCCACCCCGAGCUGCCCAUCAUCAUCACGGGCUCUGAGGAUGGCACAGUGCGCAUCUGGCACUCAAGCACCUAUAGGCUGGAGAGCACGCUUAACUAUGGCAUGGAGCGCGUGUGGUGCGUGUCGGGUCUGCGCGGCUCCAACAGCGUGGCCCUGGGUUAUGACGAGGGCAGCAUCAUCAUCAAGCUCGGGCGAGAGGAGCCCGCCAUGUCCAUGGACGCCAACGGCAAGAUCAUCUGGGCCAAGCACUCAGAGGUGCAGCAGGCCAACCUGAAGGCCAUGGGCGAGGCGGAGAUCAAGGACGGCGAGCGGCUGCCCCUGGCCGUCAAGGACAUGGGCAGCUGCGAGAUCUACCCCCAGACGAUCCAGCACAACCCCAACGGCAGGUUUGUGGUGGUGUGUGGAGAUGGAGAGUACAUCAUCUACACGGCCAUGGCACUGAGGAACAAGAGCUUCGGCUCGGCACAGGAGUUUGUGUGGGCCCACGACUCCUCCGAGUAUGCGAUCCGGGAGAGCAACAGCGUGGUGAAGAUUUUUAAGAACUUCAAGGAGAAGAAGUCCUUCAAGCCAGAUUUUGGGGCAGAAGGUAUCUACGGAGGGUUCCUGCUGGGAGUGCGGUCCGUGAACGGCCUGGCAUUUUAUGACUGGGAGAACACGGAGCUGAUUCGCCGAAUUGAGAUCCAGCCCAAACACAUCUUCUGGUCAGACUCGGGGGAGCUGGUGUGCAUCGCCACCGAGGAAUCCUUCUUCAUCCUCAAGUACCUAUCUGAGAAGGUGUCAGCGGCACAGGAGUCUAACGAGGGAGUCACGGAGGAUGGCAUCGAGGACGCUUUUGAGGUCCAAGGGGAGAUCCAGGAGAUCGUGAAAACCGGCCUGUGGGUGGGCGACUGCUUCAUAUACACCAGCUCCGUCAACAGACUCAACUACUUUGUGGGCGGGGAGAUCGUCACCAUCGCUCACCUGGACAGGACCAUGUACCUGCUGGGCUACAUCCCCAAGGACGACCGGCUCUACCUGGGCGACAAGGAGCUGAACAUCGUGAGCUACUCGCUGCUGGUGUCCGUGCUGGAGUACCAGACGGCCGUCAUGCGCCGGGACUUCGGCAUGGCCGACAAAGUGCUGCCUACUAUCCCCAAGGAGCAGAGGACACGCGUGGCACACUUCCUGGAGAAGCAGGGCUUCAAACAGCAGGCCCUGGCUGUGUCCACGGACCCCGAGCACCGGUUCGAGCUGGCGCUGCAACUGGGGGAGCUGAAGAUCGCUUAUCAGUUGGCCAUGGAGGCAGAGUCGGAGCAGAAGUGGAAGCAGCUUGCUGAGCUGGCCAUUGGCCGCUGCCAGUUCAGCCUGGCCCAGGAGUGCCUGCACUACGCGCAGGACUAUGGCGGCCUGCUGCUGCUGGCCACCGCCUCCGGCAACGCCGCCAUGGUGAGCCGGCUGGCCGAACAUGCCGAGCGCGAUGGCAAGAACAACGUGGCCUUCAUGACCUACUUCCUGCAGGGAAAGCUCGAUCAGUGCUUGGAGCUCCUGAUCCGCACCAACCGCUUGCCGGAGGCUGCCUUCCUGGCCCGAACGUACCUGCCCAGCCAAGUGUCCAGGGUGGUGAAGCUGUGGAGGGAGAGUCUCUCCAAGGUGAACCAGAAGGCGGGCGAGGCGCUGGCUGACCCCACAGAGUACGAGAACCUCUUCCCCGGCCUGCGGGAGGCCUUCGUGGCUGAGCAGUACCUGAAGGAGACCUCCAGGAAAAUGAGACCGGCCAAAGACUACCCGCUGGUGACGCCCAAUGAGGAGAGGAACGUCCUUGAAGAGGCCAGAGGCUUUGUACCAACAGCGGCUCCUGCCCCAGCUGAGGAAGCGACAGAGCUCAAAAUGGGUGCUCCCGUGACCCCAGAUGUCGCCGUAGCAACACGGAUGGCUCCACCUACCCAGCUGGCAGAACCUCUGGGCAGCGGAGAAAUGAAGGGGAAGGAGCCGCAAGUGGGCCGUCCCACGGUCCAACAGCCGGUUCGCAAAGCCAAGGAGGAAGAGGAGGACCUCGAUGAUCUGGACGCAGACCUGGACAACCUCGAUCUGGAGGACAUCGACACGGCAGAUGUUAACCUGGACGAUGACUUCUUAGACGAUUAAAACACCUGCGGAAGAUCUGCUCCGAGAGACCAAACGACUCUAUUUCAUACCUUCUAGUUUCUGCCAUGGGAGUGGU